AUGAAUCCAUAAAUGUUAAACAAAUCUAUAUCCACAAAGUCAACAAUUUAGAAACCAGUCUUCAAAAAUAUUUUGCUAGAAAAGUGGGAUGAAAGAGAGUAGAGAUUGAUAAAGACUGAAAUUGUGAUUACAAUUACAAAAGAUAAUUAAAUCAUGUACUUCUCUAAUGGAAGAUUAUUGAGAAUGUAAAUGACUAUUUAUUACGUUAAAAAGUGAAUCAAUUUAAGAAGAUUUCAAGGUCCAAUAAAUAUUCACAAAUAUAGAAUAAGUCAAACACUUUUAAUGGUAAGGUGAAUUUGAGCAAAACAAUAAAAAAAUAGGUAAGUGGAUAGCUAAAUGGAAUGGAAAAGUUCUUUAAGAUGUUGGUGGGUACUACUCAAAUGGAUUAAAGUAUGGGCUAUGGAAAGAACCAAUUUAGAAUUAUUGGAAGUAAAUACUAAUUAAAUGAUAAUUAUAAAUAGCAAAGCAUAAGUAUUUGAAGUUGGAUAAUAUAUAAAUGGUUAGAAAAGAGGGGUUUGGAUGUAUAUUUACAAUAAAAAAAAAUUGUAUUUAUUUUAUAAAUUAAUAGAAAUGGUGGAUAAUACAAUGAACAAGGUUAAAAAAAUGGUAAAUGGAGAGACCUAAGUGAUGGGUUUCAUGAGAAAUCUCAAGUCAUUUAUGAUGGUGAAUAUAUUAAUGGUUAAAAAGUUGGUAAAUGGGAUAUUUAUUUUCAAGACCAUUAUGAGAACAAACCUAAAUUAAUGUAAAAUUAUUAUUAAAUAUUAUGCGGAUUAUUUUAGUGGUGGCGGAUUAUAUAAUGAAACUGGUCAGGGAUAUAAAAAUGGUAGAUGGAUUGAGUUAAGUCAUGAAUUUAGAAGGACUUCUUAAAUCACUUUUGAUGGUUAAUAUAUAAAUGAUAAGAAAGUUGGUAGAUGGGAUAUUUAUUGGAAUUAAUAUGGAAAUAAUUAUAAGAUGUAAAUAAAAUAUGAAAUAUUUUAGUGGAGGUGGAUCGUAUGAUCAAUCAGGAAAUGAAGUUAAGAUUAAUGGAUGGAUUGAAUUGAGAGAAGGGUUUACUGAAGAAUCUAAAAUCACGUAUCAUGGUGAAUAUCAAAAUGGUAAAUAGAUUGGUAGAUGGGAUGUUUUGUAUCGUGGAAAAAAAAUGUAGAAUUAUUUUACUAAAUAUUUAUGUUCAUUUUUCUAGUGGUGGCGGAUUAUAUGAUUAGAGUGGUGAUGGAUGUAAAACUGGAAAUUGGAUUGAGUCAUCCGAUUUAUUUAAAGGAAGUUCGUAAGUCACGUAUAGAGGUUAAUAUAAAAAUGGUAAGAAAGUUGGUAAAUGGGUAAAAAUAACCGAAACCUCAUUUUCUCAGUAAAUAAAACAAAAUGAAAUUCUUUAUGAUUAUUGA